AUGCCAAUAUCCACCUCCCCGGAGUCACUGCACAAGUCUGCAUCUACUUCAAAAUCUGCUGCCCGUCGUGCCCGCGUGUCUGCAUCAAUGCACCACCAGUCUUCGACCGACGAGCUCACCGAAAUUGAUCAAUUCAAGCAGGCAGAUGUGUUCCGGGCGCGGAUGGAGGCGUUGCGGUCUGACAUGGGGGACGGGUGGUUGAAGGUGUUUAAUCAGUCGCAGCUGGGUCCGCCGACGGGGGUGUAUACCAUAUUUCUGGGAGGGUUGGCGACCUCUCUUUCCUUUUCUCUCUGGCCACACGGCUCUCAUCUCCCGUCGUUCUUUCCAGCUACACUCCUUCAAACCGCGAAUCUCAAUAUGGGUGCUAAUCUUUCAAAGGCGUUGGGGAGGUUGUUUGGGAACAAGGAGAUGAGGCUGCUUAUGCUGGGUCUCGACGCUGCAGGAAAAACCACUAUCCUCUACAAGCUCAAGUUGAACCAGUCCGUCACCACCAUUCCUACAGUGGGUUUCAACGUCGAGACUGUAACAUACAAGAAUGUAAAGUUCAACGUGUGGGAUGUUGGAGGCCAGGAUAAGAUCCGGCCGCUGUGGAGGCAUUACUACACUGGCACACAAGGUCUUGUGUUUGUGGUCGAUAGCCAGGAUCGGGACCGGAUAGAUGAGGCGAAGCAGGAAUUGCAUCGAAUACUUAGCGAUCGAGAAAUGAAGGACUGCCUGUUGCUCGUCUUUGCAAACAAGCAGGAUCUACCAGGAGCGAUGUCACCUUCGGAGGUGACCGAAAAGUUGGGUUUGCAUCGAAUGCGCGAUAGGUCGUGGUAUGUUCACCCUAGUUGCGCUACGACCGGAGAAGGCCUUUUUGAAGGCCUGCAAUGGCUCUCGCAGAAUGUGAAGAAGCGUCAGCCAUAG